AUGGCCGCCUGCUCCCUUUUGCUUCAUCCUCUUCCGCUGCCCGAGAUUCCUCGUCGCACCGGUACGACUAUAUCGGAGUUCUUGUCGUCUUUCCUACUCCAUCGCGUGAAGCUAGACCGCCACACCCUCAAAUUUCACGACGUUCUCGCCCUUAUGCAAAUUGACUACUGGCUACACCAACACCUGUUCUCCCUCAAACUUACAGCCAAAGUUCCCAGAGUCCCAGAUGAUUAUCGAACUCGGGCUCCCACGCUGCCUUCUCUUCAUUCUUCACGUCGUUCUCUCUUUUCAUACCCGCGACUUUGCCUCUUCCCACUCCAACUCAAGUUCGUCCCUCAACUUGGCCCGAGACUUCUUCAACGAGUCUACUCUGGUGUGGUCCGCCUCGUUGCCAUCGCUCCCUCUAUGAUACGCAACCUCACCGGCUUGAAUCUCCCCGAGAGAUUCGACACUGGCUUCGGACUGAGUCUCUGCAUCAGAUAUUGGUAUGUCAUCGUCAUGUCCACUCGCACCUUGGAAAAUGAUACGGACUACAGGAUUCAGGAGUUGUGCCCUACUCACCAUGGGCUCAGACUUGUUUCGGCCUGUCAGUGUAGCCUGUGGCAUACUGCAGCACUAUGCGAGGGCAUAGCCGGAACCCGCACUGCUACCUCUACUCAAGUCCACUUCCAGCCAAAGCGAAACGCUUCAUAUCUCGAACACGAUGCUUGCGGCAGCCAGAAAGCCAUCUUCAAACCGUUCACCAUGCCUGGCAAUGGCGCCCACCGCUUCCUCCAACAGUACUACUACGAGAUUGAAGCUGCCGCGGCCAACAUUCAAAGCAGGCUACGAAUACUCACACGGCUUGAUGACUUCCGUGACGAUCAUCCCCAGGAUGCCAACAGCAAUGUAACUUGCUCUACAGCCGAGCUAUACUCUCCAGUCCAGCAUGAGUCUCUCAAGUCAGCCAUCGUUGAUGAGGUACAGCUAAAGAAUCGAAACCGACGUCUUGACAUGAUGGCUCAGAUAACGAAGGGAAAGAACUCUGUAUCCUGCCCGGCUUGCAUCUCUCCGCCUUACCCAUCUUACCGAUCUCAUCGUCCCACGGAAGUCGUGGAUGUGCUAGCACUCUGUGUGGCGCCAGAAUUGGGAUGCGGCUUGAUUGCCGAACCGAUGGAGGAGGCAUUUUUGGCUGACAUCACGCGAACACGCUUCAUGUUCUCCUGGUUUCCCAAACGUGUGGCAGAAGACUUCUUGCCCUCCGCUCUCUUGGUAAUCGAGGAGGGCGAUGCGGAUGUUUGCGGUGGCCAUUCAGUCCCCAGACGCUCACGCUCUCCUUCGCUUUUUGAUAAUCUUGAGGUGAGAGUGUUGGGUUGGCUGUACGAAGCGCGGAUCCCUUCAUAUGCAUAUGCAUACAUGCGUGCGAUCCCUGCACGCCACGCCACGCCAUGCCUCUGCUCCUUCUUCACAGUCGCGCGGAAAGAAACUCGACUCACAUUCGUAGACAACACUUCCAUUCUCUCCACCCCACGAGACUCCCGGUCGAAAUCUGAGGAACACUUGUCGCCAUGCCUUCAUGUCUUCAUCGACGUCACGCCUUCCGAGCAGCGACUGAUCCCGCCCUGCCGCCUUCGCGAUGAACCGAGUUACGUCCGCACAGGCUCAGUGCUUUGUCUUGCAGAGCAUGGUUACGACUCCUCAUUGAAUGGAAAUGAGCAACAUGAGGUGCAGGAAGAGCUCGCUUGGCGUGCGCAGGCUUGGAAAGGCAGGACAUGCGCACCAAUUGAAGAAGCAUACCUGGAGUACUACGCGCCACGUCAUCCAUUCGAGAUCAGCUUCCCACACCUUGACCGCACGGGGUUGUCGCACACAUCCCGGCCAAAGCCAUCAUGGAGAGACGAUCUGACAGCAGGCAUUGGGCAAAUUCCACAAGCUGCGCCCGAACACGACGUCUCAUGUCUCACUGUUCGAGUUCCAUCGAAGCGAAGUUCAAUCUCCGAACAUUCUUACAAGCCAAUCGACAUGCAGGCCACAAGGAACCACUGGAUUGCGCAAACCAGGAUCUCUUCCAAGCCGCAGCGAGAGCUCGAAGCCAUAAGAAUAUGGCGGUCGUCCUGCUGCGAUGGCUGUGGCCACGUCCUCGGCGUCGCCGUCUGUGUUGGUGAUUCUCACUCGCUGGGAGUUGAGGAGGCAGCAGUUAUGACGCUUGAUUCCAAGAACUGCGAGCAAGAAAAGCAGAAGCCUCGUAGCAGGCUUGUCAUCACCUUCGCGAACUGCAAUGAAGAAGGUUAUCCUGCUCGCGACGCGGCUACAAGAACUAUUGCUCUGGGAGCACAUGGGCAAGCAGUGCACGAAGCCGACGAGAAUCGCGAGCGAAAGAAGCAGGAGACUGGUGGCAGGGCCGCCAUCACUCUCGCGAUCUGCAGUUCAGAAGUUCAUCGUGCUGGCAGUCCCAACAACCGUCGAUCUUGGGCGAACAUUAUCAAGGAAUGGUCGGAGCCACCCGCGUCCUCAGGAAUGGUCAGAGCUACCCGCGUCCUCAGCGCCGUCCUCGCAACGCAGCCUCAGAUCACAGACUUCAUCCCGCUGCUGCUGAUACUGGAGAGCAUUCUGCUCACAGAUCUCCAGGUAUACCAACGUCAGCAUAAACUGCUCAUAUCUCUUCACCUCAUCUCGCAACACUUGCCGCCCUUGACGCCAAAGCCGGAGAAGCCGAUCAAAGACGCGCCGGUCUUCAUUCGACGUCCACCUAUGGGCGAGGUUGUCAGAACAUCCACCAGGCCAGAACUAGAUCCAGUAUCAUCGUCGAAGAGGCCCAGAACCUCGCUAGAGACAACAUGGAGAUUGGGCAAGGGCUUGCACGGAUCGCCUCAGAGCAGGAGACGUCUGAAGACAACCUCUACAGACUCCUUCCUCGCAAGGGCGAAUCAGCAAAGGGAGCGUAGAAUCACCAAGGUCUCGCAGGGAGUUGACACAGAGGAGCUACAUCUCAAGGAAAGAGUUCAACAUCCCCUUGUAAAUCACACUUGCCGGGCAUACACCACCUCGCUAAACACAAGAGCCGCCUGCCAAGAGCUGACUUCAACACCGCCCCCAAGUCACAAGAGCUGGUUGUUAAGAAAAGGUGUCAACACCAGCUCGCAAAUCACAAGAGCUGCCCGGCAAGAGAAGGUGACAACACCACCUCCCACAUCACAAAUCCCGAAUUUGAAUAAUGAUUAUUCAGUAUUCAGUGUAUUUAGUAUUCAAUCUGAAUAUGAAUUUGAAUAUGGAUCCACUAAAUACGACUAA